AUGAACCACCAACACACCAAUAAACAGAGGCAAUACUCAUCCAAUGGAGGAGACCUUAAUUUGCCUGAAUAUUUGACUAGAGUAACAUCACCUUCAUCAUCAGAUAAUGGAUAUGAAUCAUCAUAUCAACAACAACAACAACAAUCGGAAUAUGAUAAUAAUAUUUCAAGCCUUUCUAAUCAAGCCUCAACAUCAUAUCAAAAUACAAACAUGAGUUUAAAUGAAGUCUACAGAAUUCCUGGAUUAAAUUAUUCAAAUCUAUCAUUUAAACCUCAAGGAUAUUCAUCCAAUGAAACUAAUCAAAUUAAUGAUAUUUCCACUCUCUUCAAAUCAACUUCAUCGAAAGGAGUUUUCAAGAUUGUUGGUAGGGUAAGACCUCUCAAUAAAUCUUCAUAUAUAGUUAGUGAUACAAAUAGAAUAAUGGAAAUUGGGGAAGAUCAUAAAACAGUUCUAAUUGGAAAGUAUUUGAAUAAGGCAAAUUCAUCAUCAACUUCUUUUCAAUUUACAUUUGAUAGAAUUUUUGAUGAAUUUGCAAAUCAAUCAAUGUUUUAUUCAAGUUGUGGUUAUCCUUUAUUUAAGAGUUUUGUUGGAGGAGUUAACGCAAAUAUUAUAACAUAUGGUCAAACUAGAUCAGGAAAGAGUUAUGCACUUGAAGGAAUUGGAGAUGAUGAAAGAAGAGGAUUAAUACCAAGAUUUGUUGAGGAUGUUUUUAAAUUCAUGUACACUUAUGGACAAGGACAAGGUGUUUACAAUGCUAAAUUUACAUUAUCAGUUUCUUUUGUACAAAUUUACAAUGACAAUAUCACAGAUUUACUAUCAAGUAAUAAUAGUAAGGGAUUAAAAGUUGCUGAUGAAAAAACUAAAACUGUCAUAUUGGGAAUGAAGAAACAUGUAUUGAAAGAACCAAAAGAUAUUUUCACUGUUUUAAAAUAUGCAAAACAGAACAGAUCUGUUACAUCUGGAAUGAAACCACCUGAUCUUCACACUAGAAGUCAUUCAAUUUUAACUUUAUAUUUGGAUCAGAAUUGGCCUCAACUCAUAUCAGCAAGUUCCUCAUCUGUAGAUAUUCAAACUCAUUCAAUUUCAAGUAGAGUCACUUUUGUAGAGUUGGCUGGUUCUGAAAAGGCAAGAGAAUUUUCACAAGCGAUGAAUAAUACACCAAAUGCAACUAACGAAGAAGGAUCAAAAAUUGCCAAAACUUUUAAUGCUCUAGCUGCAGUAACAUCAGGAAUUGGUAAAUUAUUGAAUGCAUCACCAAUAUCCAACGUAUCAUUGAAUAGUUCAACACUCUCUAGUCAGAGUAAUAGUUCAACACCAAGCAAAUAUUAUGUUCCAUAUAGAGAUUCAAAAUUAACUCACAUUCUACGAGAUACAAUGAGAGAAGAUACAUUUAACUUAUUUAUUACAUGUUUAUAUCCUCUUCCUGAUAAUUACACUGAAAUAUUGGCAAGUGCCAAGUACAGUUCAAGAUUAAGACAAUCCUUAAUUUCCAACAAUCCAUAUAUUAAUAAUGAAAACACAAGUGUGUUAUCAAAUGUACACAGAUUCCCAUCACCACUCAAAAAUUCAAACUCUGUUACAAAUUCUCCCUCUAAGAAAGUUUCAUUCAAUUCAAGACCGAAUCAAAAUAAUCAUGUAAAUAUUAAUCAAGAUGAUAGUGAUGAGGAAAUUAUUAGACCUGUCUCUAAUUCACUUCCACAAUUGAAUAAUAGUAAUGAAAUUUCUACAAGGCAGAAUUCUAUCAAUUCAAAAUCUUUAACUAAUUCAGACUUUGAAGAUGAAGACGGAAUUCUUGAAUCUUAUAAGGAAGAAAAGGAAAAUGUCAACUUGGAAUCGGAAGAGUUGAGACAAAUUCUCAACAUUGAAUCUCUAACAAGAAAGAACUUUCAAAAGAAUAUUGAGCGUUUAGAAGAGGAAUUGGUUAAAACUGAUGAGGAAAGAAAUCAUUUAAGAUCAAAAGUCAUGGAAAUGAGUGAAAAAAUUCAAGAAUUAUCAGAACAAAAUAUGAAACUCAAUGAAAAUUGUACUCUUUCAAAAGUUGAUUUUGAAAAGCUGUCAGACCAAAAAGCAGCGUUGGAAGAAGAAAUGGAAAAAAGUAGAAAGUAUAUUGCACAGUUAUCAAAGGAAAAUACUAAAUUGAAUGAACAAGUUGUUAAUGGAAGGGAUAAAUACAUUUCAACAGUAGCAAAGAAUCAGAUAGAAGCUCUGCAAAUUGAAAAUAAUGAACUAAAAUUGAAACAACAAGGAAAUGAAACAAAGGCUGCUAAGGAGUUACAACAACAAGUUGAGAGUUUAAAGAAUGAAAUCAAAUUGAAAGAUGUUUCCUUCUCUGAAUUGUUAGAUCAAUUAAAGGAAAUGAAACAGAGAAAUAAUAACUUGAGUGGUGAAUUGGAGAAGAAACAAGAACUGUUUGAUCAAACCAUAAAAGAGAAUGAAGAUUUAAGAGUUGAAGUUGAGGGUCUAUCAAGUUCAGUUGAAGCUAAAGAAUCUGAAGUUGAAGAAAUGUAUCAACAAAUUGAUCAAUUACCAAAAUUGAAUUAUGAACUGCAAAGACUAGAUAGAACUGUUCAACAACUUUCUCAACAAAAUCAAGAAUUACAAUCUAGAUUAGAAGAAUAUCAAUCAGUUGCUAGAAAUGAACAUUCAAAACUUGUUGAAGAAAGAAAUGAAUUUGAACAAGCUCUUAAAAAACUUUCCAAUGAACUUGAACGUGAAAAGAAGGAGAAGGAAAGAUUGAGAGAAGAAGUAAUUCAACUCAAUUCAAAGGUUUCCUCAUCCAAUUCUUCCAAUCAGACAGAAAUUUCCAAGAGAGAUGAAACAAUUAAAAUGCUAAAGAAUGAUUUGGAAUUGAGUAAGAGAUCAGCAGAGAAAACCAUCAAUGAUUUGAAGAAUAAUAUUGGACAUGAUUUGGAAGAGAGAACAAGAAUGAGUUCUGAAAUUCAUGCAGUUAGUGCUAAAAAGCUUGAACUUGAAGUUGAUCUUAAAAAGAUACAAUCACAAUUCACUCUACUAAAGAAGGAGAAUGAAGAUAAGUCCAAACAACUUAAAACACUAUCUGAUGAAGUGGUGAAUCUUAAUUUAGAUAAGAAUAAGAGUGAAUCUGAAAUGAAGAAUCAAAUUAGCACAUUGAAAGAAAACUUGAAUGAACAACAAAAACAAUCAGAAUUAACCAUCUAUCAACUCAGAGAGGAAAACAAAUCUCUAUCAAUUAGAGUUAAUUCUCUUAAAGAAACAAAUAAUACUCGCUCAUCACAAUUAGAAGAAGUAUUAUUUGCUAAAAAGACGCUUGAAGAGCAAAUGAGUAAACUUGUUCAAUCAUGUGGAAUUGAUUCAAAACUUGGAUUAGAUUCAGAAAUUGAAAGGAGGGUUGAAAAUUCAAUUAGACUUGCAUCACUUGAAAAACAAGCACUUCAUCGAAAGAAUGAAAUUGAUCAACUUGGUAUUGAAAUUGAACAAAAAGAUUUGGAAAUUGAAAAAUUGAAAAAAGAUUUCUAUGAAAAUAGACUUGAAAUUCAAACAUUGAGAAAUUCAACAGAAGAAUAUGAAUAUACUAUUACAACUUUAAAGACUAAUUUGAAUCAAUGUUGUGAAGAUAGAAGAAAUUUGAGAGAGGAAAAUAUUCAACUCCUUUCUUCAAAUGAUAAGAAGGAAGAUUUAAUUAGAAAAUUAAAACAUGAUAUUGAAGUAUCCAAGAUGGAAAUUAAUUCUAUUAAAUCAGAGAAGGAAAAUAUUCAAUUAAUGCUUAAAAAGACCAUUAAUAACACAAGUGGUGUACAUGAUGAUUUAUCACAAACUAAAUUUGAAUUAUUAGAACUUGCUAGAGAACAAAGUGAUUCACUUCAUCAGGAAGAGGAAGAAAAUAAGACAUUAUCGGAAGUUGUACAACAACAACAACAACAACAAGAUCAUAAUAAUAGUGAUAGUGAUAGUGAAGAAGAGGAAAAUUAUGAAGAAUUAGGAUAUACACAAAUAAAUAAUGAAGAAUUUAAUUAUAACGAAGAUGACGAUGAUGAAUGUACAAUAGAUAAAGAAAUUACGGAAAAAGAAGAAUUAACAUUUGAUGAUUUUGAUACUGAUUUUGAAAAAGCCUUGGCAUUUGUUUUACAAAAUAAUCAAUCAAAUACAAAUAAUAUUAAUAAUACUAAUCAUACUAAUAAUAAUAAUAAUAACACGAAUGGAAAGAAGAAAAAGAUUAAAAUAACAUUGGGAGCACUUGAUCCAACACUUAAAAUUCAAUAUUUAAAUAAUAAUGAAAACAAUACAUCACCAUCAGAUUAUUCAAUUAGUAACAAUGAUGAUGAUGAGGAGGAGAGAAUUAAUUCAUCCUCAUCAGAUAUAAUAUUAGAUUCUGAAAAAGUAAAUUCCAUAAAGAAUAUUAUUAAAGAUAUUGAAUUGGCUCCACCAAAAGAUUUAAAAUGGUUUUCAGAAGAUGAUUGGUUAAUUAAAUUAAAGAAAUUAAAAGAUCAAGAGUAA